GUUCCUUCUGUAGUGAAGCUUGACGACACAUCUUCUGAGCAGCCUAAAGUUAUGGAGGGUACAACACCACCCAUACCAUCCAGGGAUGCUGAAGAUCACUUGGGCGAGAACGUGUCACCGCAACAUCCUACAAACACAGAUGUUUCAGUUAUUAAGAGAGCUAAACUUUUUGCUGCCGAUGGCAAACUAAGUCUGAUUGCUGGUAUUCCUUUAAAUGUGGGCUCAACUGUUGUUGUGGCUGAAAGAAGCCCUUCUCCUUCUGAUGUUGUUGCAGAUGUUGUCACAAAAGAUGCUAGUACUGGUGCUAAAACUGUUGAAAAGAAAACUAGGUACAAGAGGGCUGCCAAGGGUGAACUCUCUCCUCCGAAGCUGAAGAAGAUUAAGGUCUCUCAAGAUGUUGUGCGUAAGUACGACAAAUAUGUUUCACAUGGACGGAAAUUCAAGAGGAAGAAGAAGAAUGAAGUGGCCAAAGAGUUUCUGAAGAUUGGUCGAUUCUUUUGCUCGUACAAGUCCUUCAUUGGAGCUCUUCGUCCACGCCAAUAUUUGAGCAAUGUAGUGAUGGCAGUUUGGACAGAGAAGUUCAAUCAUGCAGCAAAAGCAAGUGCUGAGAAGAAUCCCCGAAAUCACAAGAGAUAUGCUUUCUCUCCGUACUUUGCGGAAAAGCUUGCUGUAGAAACCUCUACUUUUGACCCUGCCUCUGUCAUGAAAGAGUUCAAAAUUGCAUGUAGCAAAUUCAAAAUUCUGAAAGAUGACAUGCUUUACCUGCCCAUUGUACAAGCCGAUCAUCUGGAUUGUAUCUUUGCAUCAACUUGCUGUUUCUCCAACUUCGUCCGGACUGCAAACGAGUCCAAAGUUUCAUGGGUUGACUUUGGGAAAUUCAAGGAAACCACACCUGACCAUCCACAGCAAGACACUUUGUAUGACUGUGGAUUCUACAGCAUUCUUUACAUGGAGCACUUCAAUGGGAAAGUCAUGCCAAAUUUCGAGAAUGAUGUAGUUCCAGAUUUUCGAAGGUUGCUCGCAGCAAGCCUAAUCGACAACAGGGAUAACCAGAGUGAUGAUGUCGACGUGAUAAUGAACGAGGAUUUGCAGCGAGGGAUAGUUUAG